AAUUGUAUAUAUCCCUUCUUCUUUCAAAGCUUUAAUGGCCUAUAACGAAAAAAGUAUCAUUAGUAUGGAUAUGAUUUCUGGUCGUUGCUACAUUACUUCUCAAAAUCAUGGUUAUGCUGUUGAUGCAAGUACACUUCCUUCUGACUUUCAAGAACUAUUCGUCAACGCAAACGAUGGUUCAAAUGAAGGAGUUAUACAUAAAUCACUCCCAAUUUUUUCGGUUCAAUUUCAUCCCGAGUCUACGCCUGGUCCAAGGGACACUGAUUUUUUGUUUGAUGUAUUUAUUGAAAGUGUAAAGCAGUUUGGUUUGACAGGAAACUUAAUGUCAAUACAAAUGCCCGGUGGUAUGAGGAGUGAUAAUUCAAAAAAAAAUCCACGAGUUAAUGUUAGAAAAGUUUUGGUUUUGGGUAGUGGAGGAUUGAGCAUUGGUCAAGCCGGUGAAUUUGAUUAUUCAGGAAGCCAA